AAUGCUGGGUUUAGUUUUUAUCAGUUGCUUACUAACAUUUAACAAGCUACAUGGAAAGUUUGUUUUAUUGUUUAUUAUUGAUUUCUCGCCAGGAUGAGGAGGAACGACCCUUACUGUAACUAAGUUUAUAGUAUAAUGUAGUCACGAAUGAACAGACGCAAUGUUACGUAAGGAAAACGGCGACUUUGUAGUUUCUACAUGGAGACAGGCUAAGAACGACUGUACUAUAGUUUGUUGGGAUACAUCUAACGAAGAUGCCUGUUUCUGUAAGAGCUCUGCAGCAGAUGGCUAUCUAUCUUGGAAUCAUGACUGGUGGUGGCUGUGCUGUGAUGUACUACUUAAUGCAGAAAAACUUUGCAAGAUCAGAAUACUACAGACUGGCUAUGGAACAACUCAACAGUCAUCACAUAGCAUUAGAGAGACUUGGUGCACCUCCAAUAAAGGCUCACAAUAUCCGUUUUACAGACAGGAGUAACCGCAUUGACAAGUCUGUUGCACAGAUCAAGAUCCCAGUAUCUGGAGCAAAGUCAGCUGGCUAUCUCUACACUUCGUCUGUGAGAGAUGCAGUGCUCAGCAGGUGGUGUCUGCAAGAAGUUGUAUUACAGCUCAAGGAUGGUCAGAGGAUUCAUAUUUUCAAUACAAAUGACGAGACACAGCAGCAUCAAGAUUAAGGCUUUGCGAUGUCCUGUUUCGUGGAUUAAGAGAAGACUAAAUCACCAUCAUCUGAUUCCACUUUGACAUCUCUUCGAAGUGUUAAUGAAUAUUUUCAGCAGCAAUGUUGCAUUAUAUUACUCAGGUGCACAUAGCUGAUUAAAGAUUACCUUCUGGGCUCUAUAAGCCAUAUGGAUUGAGCAGUGCCGAUCUCAGUGCAGUCUUUUUGUUAACCUUCGCUGUUCUUAAGUUUCAUUUCUAAGGAUCAGUUUGUCUCAAAUAUGCAUGUAAGACACCCAGUGCAUAGUUGUGUAGUAAAUGCAACCUUUGUUACCCUGUGUGCUUAUAGACUGGAUAUCUGAAUGAGGGUCUUUGAAUGUGAUAAAACGUAUUGUUAAAAAUGAUGCUUCAUUAGGAUGUGAUUAUAAUAAUUGAGUUCAAACCAAAGUAUUAACUUGUUAGAAUGUCAUCAUGUGACAGAUUACAUGAAAUUAUUUGUAUAUCAUUAAACUCAGUAUACUGCAGGAAUGUAUUGUCUACAAUAAAAGAAAUUCAAUGUAA